CCCUUAACCUGGCUUUUCGUCUGUAGAGACCUUCCGAGUUCCAAAAAAUGGAGCGAGAAAAAGCCCUAACACUUAAAGCUGUGGCAGAGGAAAAGUACAAGCAAUCGAAGCUCAAGUCCGCGCUAAAAUACGCUAGGAAGGCGCUGCGCCUCUCUCCUGACCUCGACGGUGUCUCGGAGAUGAUCACCGCCUUCAAGAUCCUCAGAGUGGGUGGGAAGCGCUCCGGCGCCGGCGACUCUCCGGACUGGUACAAGAUCCUCCAGGUCGAGCCCUUCUCUCAUAUCAACUCUAUCAAGAAGCAGUACAAGAAGCUUGCCCUUGUUUUGCACCCCGACAAGAACCCCUUUGUUGCCUCCGAGGAGGCCUUCAAACUCAUUGGCGAAGCCUUUCGAUGCCUCUCUGAUAAGAUUCGCCGGAAGGAGUAUGACCUUAAGCUUCGCAUCGCGAUGCAGUCCGCUGUCGCCGGAGAUGGCGGUGGUGGUGCGGCGGAGACGUUUUGGACGGCGUGUUCGACGUGCAGGUCAUUUGGGUUGCGAAACCAUUUCAGAAAAGGAGAAAAGUCGCAGCAACUGGCCGUUCGCCUCCUCUCCAUAGCCCGACGCUGCUAG